AUGUAACAGCGUAAGUAGACGCGAAUUAUGAUUGAUUUUCAGUUCUCUCACUGCUAAUUUCGUGAAGAAUGAAUCAGAGACGAAAUGCAUCAUCUAAAUCACAACCCACUACACCCUUAAUAAACAAAAACCCUGAUGUCUCCAAACACAAAGUAUACACAUCCCAGAAGUCCAAUUUCUUUUCGUCUGAAAAGAACAUCUUUACACUCUGUUUGGCAUUCCGAAUUGCCAAUUCGCUGUUGAUUCAAACUUAUUUCAAUCCAGAUGAGCACUGGCAAGCCCUUGAAGUUGCCCAUCGAAUUGUAUUUGGGUAUGGUCAUCUGACAUGGGAAUGGAGGAAGGAGAUUCGUAGCUAUUUCCAUCCGUUGGUGUUUGCUGUGCUGUACAAAGUUCUUGCACUGUUUGGUCUUGAUACUCCAUGGUUCAUGGCACACGCACCACGGUUGCUGCAAGCCCUGUUUUCUGCAGUUGGUGAUUUAUAUUUCUACAAACUUUCAAAUGCUAUCUUUGGCAAUUUUGUGGCAAAAUGGGCACUUUUUUCUCAAUUGGCAAACUGGUUCAUGUUUUUCUGCUUCAACCGUACAUUGUCAAAUAGUUUGGAAACAGUUCUUACACUGGUCGGAUUAUACUACUGGCCCUGUAUGAGAGCUUCUCCCAGCAAAGUUCCCCUGGCUUUAAGGAAGUGGGGUUUGACUAUAGCAGCAUUAGCUUGUGCAAUCCGGCCAACAAGUGCUAUUACAUGGGUCUAUGUUGGCCUUCUUGAGCUGGCUGUAACACGUGAUAGAUUAAAAUUCCUUGCUCUGGAGGUGGUCCCCAUUGGGGCUUUCGUGCUUGCGCUUUCAUGUUUAUUGGAUCGUUUGAUGUAUGGCUCAUGGGUCAUUGUACCUCUUAAUUUUCUCAAGUUCAAUUUUCUUUCAUCUGGUGGAGAUUAUUAUGGAACUCACAAGUGGCACUGGUACUUCUCUCAAGGAUUUACAGUGAUGCUCUUCACAUUCUUACCAUUUUCAAUUGCUGGCAGCAUAAAGUCUAAAUACUGGAAGCUCUCUGGACUCAUUGCAUGGGUUUUAAUUGUUUACAGUAUUCAGGGGCAUAAAGAAUUCAGGUUUGUCUUGCCUAUGCUCCCUAUAGCUUUGAUGUUCUCUGGAUAUUCGUUAUCUGUUAUGGCAAAAUCUGAUUCUGAUAGUAGAAGAAAAGGUUCUCCUAACAGUCGCAUGAAAAGGCCCUCAAAAGUGGGAUUUGCCAUCUUUGUCUUGCUUGCCACUAACAUUCCAAUGGCCUUGUACAUGAGCUUGGUUCAUCAGAGAGGAACUGAGGAUGUCAUGAUUUUUCUAUCCAAGGAAGCGCAAAAUGAGAAAGUAAAGGGUAUCCUGUUUCUAAUGCCCUGCCAUGCCACUCCUUUCUACUCCACACUGCAUUAUGAUCUGCCAAUGCGUAUUCUGGAUUGUUCUCCAAGUGAAGAGAAAGGAAUCCCAGAUGAGUCAGACCACUUCAUGAUGGAUCCUGUUAGCUUUGUAUCCACACUGAUGACAAACGGGUCUUUGCCUAGUCAUGUUGUAUUAUUUGCUUCUGAGGAGAAGUUGUUGAGAGAUUUUCUGAUUUCACAUUCUUUCACAGAGAUAAGAAGGUUUUUCCAUGCCCACUUCAAGGUGGACCGUGAUCUUCAAGCAUCAGUGGUUGUAUAUGCUUUGGCUAACUAGUGGUAAUUUGAUUGUCAUUGUCAUACCACAGUGCCAUGAUGUUUGAAGAAACAUUAUCCUAACGCAUCAUCAUGAUCCUUGAUUGGUAUCACUUAGAAGUUAACAAUUGAGCAGUCGAAUUAUGUGGGGAGACAGCUCAGCUAAAAAUAUAAUUUUUGCAUUUAAAGUAACUGUUAUUCAUAUGCCAUUUUCUUGCAAGCUCCUGUGGUUAAGAAAAGAGGAUUUGUAAUAAUUGUUUCCUUUCGGCAAAGACCUUCUGAUUUCAACUAGUCUUGAUCUCUGCUACCUCAAUUGGAAAUUUGUUAAUUCUAUAAUGACCUGAAGUCACAUUUGUGGUGACGUCAUUACAUAAUCCGAAGUGAAAUCAGGAAAAAAAAUAUCACGGUCCUUUCUUU